GACGACGAGGUUGUCCUGCAGUGUUCUGCCACAGUCCACAAGGAGCAGCAGAAGCUGUGUCUGGCAGCGGAGGGCUUCGGAAACAGACUCUGCUUCCUCGAGUCAACAUCCAACUCUAAGAAUGUCCCUCCAGACCUGUCCAUCUGUACGUUUGUCCUGGAGCAGUCCCUCUCAGUCCGGGCCCUGCAGGAGAUGCUGGCCAACACAGAAGAGAAGGCAGAAGGGAAAUUCAUGAUGAAGACGGCCCAGGGAGGGGGCCACCGCACCUUACUGUACGGACACGCUGUUCUGCUACGACACUCCUACAGCGGCAUGUACCUCUGUUGCCUCGGUACCUCCCGAUCCUCAACCGACAAACUGGCGUUUGAUGUUGGACUGCAGGAAGACACAACAGGAGAAGCUUGUUGGUGGACCAUCCACCCUGCCUCCAAGCAGAGGUCAGAGGGAGAGAAGGUCCGAGUCGGGGAUGACCUCAUCCUAGUUAGCGUGUCAUCAGAACGAUACCUGCACCUGUCGCACGGUAACGACAGCCUGCACGUGGACGCAGCCUUCCAGCAGACCCUCUGGAGCGUGGCUACUGUCUGCUCUGGCAGCGAGGUGGCGCAAGGGUUCCUCUCUAAUGCCUCUCUCUCUCCCCUGCAGGGUUCAUGAUCGGGGGACGUGCUGAGGCUGCUCCAUGGUCACAUGGAUGAAUGUCUGACAGUGCCGUCGGGAGAACAUGGAGAGGAGCAGCGCAGGACGGUGCACUACGAGGGGGGAGCUGUGUCCAUCCACGCCCGUUCCCUCUGGAGGCUGGAGACCCUACGAGUGGCGUGGAGCGGCAGCCACACCCGCUGGGGUCAACCCUUCCGUCUCCGUCAUGUGACCACGGGGAAGUACCUCAGUAUCAUGGAGGAUAAGGGCCUGCUGCUGAUGGACAAGGAGAAGGCUGAUGUCAAGUCUACUGCCUUCUGUUUCCGGCCCUCCAAGGAAAAGCUGGACUUGGGGCCAAAGAAGGAGGUGGAUGGUAUGGGUGUUCCUGAUAUCAAGUAUGGGGACUCCGUGUGUUAUAUCCAACACGUGGACACCUGUCUGUGGCUCACCUACCAGGCCAUGGACGCUAAGUGUGCACGAAUGGGCGGCGUGCAGAGGAAGGCCAUCAUGCACCACGAGGGUCACAUGGACGAUGGGUUGACCCUGUCCCGCUCACAACACGAGGAGUCCCGUACCGCACGGGUCAUACGCAGUACCGUCUUCCUGUUCAACCGAUUCAUCAGGGGUCUGGACACCCUCAGUAAAAAAGGAAAGACCUCGACCCUCGACCUGCCGAUCGAGUCGGUCAGUUUGAGUCUGCAGGAUCUGAUUGGCUACUUCCAGCCUCCUGACGAGCACCUGGAGCACGAGGACAAACAGAACCGCCUCCGAGCCCUAAAGAACCGACAGAACCUCUUCCAGGAAGAGGGGAUGAUAAACCUGGUGUUGGAGUGUAUCGAUCGUCUCCACGUGUACAGCAGCGCGGCUCAUUUUGCUGAGGUGGCGGGGAGGGAGGCCGAGGCCUGGAGAUCUACCCUGAACUCGUUAUAUGAGCUCCUGGCUGCCUUGAUAAGGGGCAACAGGAAGAAUUGUGCCCAGUUCUCCGGCUCGUUGGAUUGGUUGAUCAGCCGGUUGGAGAGACUGGAGGCCUCGUCUGGUAUCUUGGAGGUCCUUCACUGUGUCCUGGUGGAGAGUCCUGAAGCUCUGAACAUCAUCAAGGAGGGACACAUCAAGUCAAUCAUCUCUCUGCUAGACAAACAUGGACGCAACCACAAGGUUCUGGACGUGCUCUGUUCUCUGUGUGUCUGUCAUGGCGUGGCGGUGCGGUCCAACCAACACCUGAUCUGUGACAACCUGCUACCUGGCAGAGACCUGCUUCUACAGACACGACUUGUCAACCAUGUCAGCAGCAUGAGGCCUAACAUCUUCCUGGGUGUGAGUGAAGGCUCCGCCCAGUACAGGAAGUGGUAUUAUGAGCUGAUGGUGGACCAGGUGUUACCCUUCGUUACGGCCGAAGCCACACAUCUCAGAGUGGGCUGGGCCACCACGGACGGCUACCAACCCUACCCCGGGGGAGGAGAGGGCUGGGGGGGAAAUGGGCUCGGUGACGACCUGUACUCCUACGGCUUCGACGGCUUGCACCUGUGGUCAGGCUGCAUCGCCAGGACAGUGAGCUCACCCAAUCAACAUCUCCUCCGUGUGGAUGACGUGGUCAGCUGUUGUCUGGACCUCAGCGCUCCCAGUAUAUCCUUCCGUAUCAACGGUCAGCCCGUCCAGGGGAUGUUCGAGAACUUCAACUCUGACGGACUGUUCUUCCCUGUAGCCAGCUUCUCCGCUGGGGUCAAAGUGCGUUUCCUGCUGGGUGGUCGCCAAGGAGAGUUUAAGUUCCUGCCCCCGCCGGGCUACGCUCCGUGUUUCGAGGCUGUGCUACCCAGGGAGAAGCUGAGAGUGGAACACAGCCAGGAGUACAAGGAGGACCACAGUGAGACCAGGGAUCUACUGGGUCCCACUAUCACCCUGUCCCAGGCUGCCUUCACCCCUACACCUGUUGACACCAGCCAGGUUGUUCUGCCUCCUCACCUGGAGAGGAUCAGGGAGAAGCUGGCCGAGAACAUCCAUGAGCUGUGGGUGAUGAAUAAGAUUGACCUGGGCUGGACCUACGGAGCUGUACGGGACGAUAACAAGCGGCAGCAUCCUUGUCUGGUGGAGUUCUCCAAGCUGCCUGAGCAGGAGAGGAGCUACAACCUACAGAUGUCUCUGGAGACUCUCAAGACUCUCUUGGCCCUGGGUUGCCACGUGGGGCUGGCUGAUGAGCACGCCGUGGAGAAGGUGAAGAACCUCAAGCUCUCCGCCACUUAUGAGCUGUCUAGUGGCUACAAGCCUGCUCCUAUGGACCUGGGGCACAUCAAGCUGGCCUCUACCCAGGAGGCCAUGGUGGACAAGCUGGCGGAGAACGCUCACAAUGUGUGGGCCAGGGAUCGCAUACGCCAGGGCUGGACCUACGGCAUCCAGCAGGUGUGUCACCCAAAGGUGUGUGUGUUUGUGUGUGCAGCCGGGCUGCAGCGGGCAGCCAGGGCAGACACCAGUAACAUGUCUGCAGAGCGGUUCCGUAUCUUCCGAGCUGAGAAGACGUACAGUGUGAACGCUGGGAAGUGGUACUUUGAGUUUGAGGUGUUGACGUCAGGGGAGAUGAGGGUCGGCUGGGCACGGCCUGGCUGUCUACCGGACCAGGAGCUGGGCUCUGACCAACACGCCUUCGUCUUCGACGGAUUCAAGGCCCAGCUGUGGCACCAGGGUAACGAGCACUUCGGCAGGUCCUGGGGACCAGGUGACGUGGUGGGCUGUAUGGUGGAUCUGAACGAACACACCAUGAUGUUCACGCACAACGGAGAGGUUCUCCUGGACCACUCAGGGUCGGAACUGGCCUUCAAGGACUUUGAGGUUUGGGAAGGUUUCAUCCCGGUGUGCAGCCUGGGUGUUUGCCAGGUUGGGAGGAUGAACUUUGGUAAGGACGUGAGCACGCUGAAGUACUUCACCAUCUGUGGUCUGCAGGAAGGCUACGAGCCCUUCGGCGUCAACAUGAACAGAGACCUCACCAUGUGGCUCAGCAAGAGACUGUCUCAGUUCAUCCCCGUACCUCCGCAGCAUGAACACAUUGAGGUCACGAGGAUGGAUGGCACCGUGGAGACUUUCCCGUGUCUCAAGGUCACCCAGAGGUCGUUCGGCUCCCAGAACAGUAACCCAGACAUCACCUUCUAUCGCCUCAGCAUGCCUAUAGAGUGUAACGAGGUGCUGGCCAAGUCACCUGGAGGGACGCUACAGUCUGGUGGGGGCUUCUCCUUCUCCUCUAAGAAAGAUCUGGACGACUUUGAGACCGUGUCCGACUUCGAGGUGUUGACGAAAUCUGCCCACUGCAACCUGGGCUCCAGUCUGGACAAGGAGAAGGACCAGUUCAACAACCACAAAGACUACAACCAGGAGAAACCCUCCGUGUUAAAGCAGAGAUUCAUGUUGAAGAGGACCAAGCCAGAGUUUACCAGCAGUAACUCUUCGGCCCGUCUAUCAGAGGAGGUGUUAGCUGACAGGGAUGACCUUGACUUCUUCAUGCAGACCUCCACUUACUACUACUCAGUGAGGAUCUUCCCAGGUCAGGAGCCCAGCAGUGUGUGGGUUGGCUGGGUGACCUCUGACUUCCACCAGUACGACAUGGCCUUCGACCUCCAAAAGGUCCGCACCGUCACCGUAACCCUGGGAGACGAGAAGGGCAAAGUUCACGAGAGCAUCAAGCGUAGUAACUGCUACAUGGUGUGGGCUGGAGAGAGUACGAGUCCUGGUCAGGGCCGGAACAACAACGGUCUGGAGAUUGGAUGUCUGGUGGACACAGUUAACGGACUGCUAACCUUCACUGCCAACGGGAAGGAGCUCAGCACCUACUACCAGGUGGAGCCCAGUACCAAGCUGUUCCCUGCUGUGUUCGCUCAGGCCACCAGCCCCAGCAUCUUUCAGUUUGAACUAGGACGUAUUAAGAACGUCAUGCCCCUAUCAGCGGGCCUGUUUAAGAGUGAGAGGAGGAACUCCUGUCCCCAGUGUCCUCCCAGGCUGCAUGUCCAGUUCCUGACCCCGGUGCUGUGGAGCAGGGUACCCAACCACUUCCUCAAGGUGGACGUAUCCCGGGUCAACGACCGCCAUGGCUGGCUGGUCUCCUGCUCUGAACCGCUCCAGUUCAUGUCCCUGCAUAUACCUGAGGAGAACAGGUCAGUUGAUAUCCUGGAGUUGACUGAGCAGAAGGAUCUGUUGAAGUUCCACUACCAUACUCUGAGGUUGUACUCUGCUGUGUGCGCUCUGGGGAACAACCGUGUGGCCCACGCCCUCUGCUCCCACGCCGACGAGGCACAGCUGCUCUACGCCAUAGAGAACAAGUACAUGCCUGGUCUCCUCAGGACUGGAUACUACGACCUGCUCAUAGACAUCCACCUCAGUACCUAUGCAACGGCGCGACUCAUGAUGAACAAUGAAUACAUCGUCCCCAUGACGGACGAGACCAAGUCCAUCACUCUGUUCCCCGACGAGACCAAGAAGCACGGCCUGCCAGGGAUCGGCCUGAGCACCUCUCUCCGCCCCAGAAUGCACUUCUCCUCCCCCUCCUUCAUCUGCAGCGGAGCCGACUGCUUCCAGUUCAGCCCCGAGUUCCCCCUGGAGGUCCUGAAGACCAAGACCAUAGAGAUGCUGACGGAGGCGGUGAGCGAGGGGAGUCUACACGUCAGAGAUCCUAUAGGGGGCAGCACCGAGUUCCUGUUUGUUCCUCUCAUUAAGUUGUUCUAUACGUUACUGAUCAUGGGAGUGUUCCAUAACGGAGACCUGAAGAACAUUCUACAGCUGAUAGAACCCAGCGUGUUCUCAGAGGGAGGGGACGCGCCCGCGGACACGCCCGAGAGUGAUGUCACUAAGGGAGGAAGAGGAGGGGAGGGGCCUGGAGCAGAGGAGAGGGCGGGGAAGGUGCCUAAAGGACUGCUCCAGAUGAAACUCCCAGAGCCUGUCAAACUGCAGAUGUGCCACCUGCUCCAGUACCUGUGUGACUGUUCUGUCAGGUGCGGUAUCGAGGCGGAGGUGGGCUUCAGCGAUGACUUCGUGGCUCAUCUCCAGGACAACCAGCGGUUCCGCUAUAACGAGGUCAUGCAGGCGCUCAACAUGUCGGCUGCCCUGACUGCCAGGAAGACCAAAGAGUUCAGAUCUCCUCCUCAGGAACAGAUCAACAUGCUGCUGAGCUUUAAGGACGAGAAGGUGGACUGUCCCUGUCCAGAACACAUCCGAGAACAGCUUGUAGACUUCCAUGAGGACCUGAUGACCCACUGUGGCAUAGAGAUCGACGAGGACAAGCUGAACGAGGCAGACAGUGACUUCACCAUCCGAGGAAGACUCAUGUCUCUGGUGGAGAAGGUGGUCUACCUGAAGAAAAAGAUGACUUUCAUGCCGAAGAACAAGAAGAAAGAUAAGAAACCCAGCACAUUGCAGCAGCUGAUCAGUGAGACCAUGGUACGCUGGGCCCAGGAGAGCAUCAUGGAGGACCCAGAGCUGAUCAGAGCCAUGUUUGUCCUGCUCCACCGUCAGUACGCCGGCAUCGGGGGCCAGGUCCGGGCCCUGCCCAAGGCCUACACCAUCAACUCAGUCUCCGUAGAGGACACAAUCAAACUGCUGGCGUCGCUGGGACAGAUCAGAUCGCUGUUAUCUGUACGCAUGGGGCGUGAGGAGGAGAAACUGAUGAUCAGAGGGCUGGGAGACAUCAUGAACAACAAGGUGUUCUACCAGCAUCCUAACCUGAUGAGAGCUCUGCUUGUUUACCUGUCUCUUGGUCUGGUCUCUCUCCAGAGACAUCAUGAACAACAAGGUGUUCUACCAGCAUCCUAACCUGAUGAGAGCUCUGCUUGUUUACCUGUCUCUUGGUCUGGUCUCUCUCCAGAGACAUCAUGAACAACAAGGUGUUCUACCAGCAUCCUAACCUGAUGAGAGCUCUGCUUGUUUACCUGUCUCUUGGUCUGGUCUCUCUCCAGAGACAUCAUGAACAACAAGGUGUUCUACCAGCAUCCUAACCUGAUGAGAGCUCUGCUUGUUUACCUGUCUCUUGGUCUGGUCUCUCUCCAGAGACAUCAUGAACAACAAGGUGUUCUACCAGCAUCCCAACCUGAUGAGAGCUCUGCUUGUUUACCUGUCUCUUGGUCUGGUCUCUCUCCAGAGACAUCAUGAACAACAAGGUGUUCUACCAGCAUCCUAA